AGAAAAGCCUCCUCCGGGCUCUGGGUGUUCAGCCCGGUGUGUUGAGGAGCCUUCCCCGGAGCGGGUCUGCACCUGCAUCGGACGUCUUGGGGACCCCAAUCCCGUCCCGGGCCAAAACCCAAUAGACGAGCCAGCCCUGGGCACGGUGCCAUGGUCCGCGCACGCGCCCUGACACGGCUCCAGAAGGCGCCGGCUGUUUCUGGCCCGGUGAGGCCACCGUACGGCGACCGGGAUUCCGUGCCCCAGUUGGCGGGAUCCCGCAGCCUGACGGGGUGACCCUCUGCCCGGCCCGGUGGACAGCGACCAGGAGGAAGCCCGCAACCGCGACCGGCCGCCUGCGGACGCCGGGAGGCCCGGGGCGGGCGCAGGGCUCCUGUCACGUGACCGGCGGCGGCGGCUCGGCCGAGGUGUGCGCCUGCGCGGGGGCUGCCGGCGCUCCGGGCCGCUCGCUGGGCGUCCUGCGCGGCUCCGGGCCUGGGCGCCCGCGGAGAUGGGAAAUCAAGUUAUUGCAGCCGACUGCCAAAGACAGAGUCCAGCCAAUGCAGGAACCAUGGCAGAGGUCAGGAAAGCCGACAGAAGUCUCUGUGGCUUCCAAGCAGCAGGCGCAGGUGAGGUGACAGGAACUGACCUUGCGUGGCUCAGCUGUGUCAUGGUGCUUGGUCUCCGCAAAACCACUGGGACCUGGAUUGUGAACCCUCGGAUGACAAGAACUUCCUGUUGUUCAAAGCGGAAGCCAGCAUCCUGCCUAAUGAUUAAAAAAAAGUCCUUCAUGAGAAAUGACCUGGAGCAACAUGAUGGAUUCCGAAGCUCAUGAGAAGAGGCCGCCCAUCCUGGCAUCCCCGAAGCAGGACCUGGCGCCCCACAUCGCCAACGUGGGUGACAUGAGGCACUACCUGUGUGGCUGCUGCGCGGCCUUCAACAACGUGGCCAUUACCUUCCCCAUCCAGAAGGUUCUCUUCCGGCAGCAGCUGUACGGCAUCAGGACACGCGAUGCUGUGCUGCAGCUGCGCAGGGACGGGCUGCGGAACCUGUACCGCGGCAUCCUGCCGCCACUGCUGCAGAAGACCACCACACUGGCGCUCAUGUUCGGCCUCUACGAGGACCUGUCCUGCCUGCUAGGCAAGCACGUGAAUGCGCCCACGUUCGCAACCCGUGGCGUGGCAGCCGUGCUGGCAGGCACGACAGAGGCCAUCUUCACGCCACUGGAGAGAGUACAGACGCUGCUGCAAGACCACCGACACCACGACAAGUUUACCAACACUUACCAGGCCUUCCGGGCACUGCGGCCCCAUGGCGUCGGUGAGUACUACCGGGGCCUUGUGCCCAUCCUCUUCCGGAAUGGAUUCAGCAAUGUCCUUUUUUUUGGCCUGCGGGGUCCCAUCAAGGAGUACUUGCCCACUGCCACAAGUCACAGUGCCCAUCUAGUCAACGACUUCAUCUGUGGGGGCCUGCUGGGGGCCAUGCUAGGCUUCUUGUUCUUCCCAAUUAAUGUCGUGAAAACUCGCAUCCAGUCCCAGAUCGGAGGGGACUUCCAGUCUUUCCCCAAGGUGUUCAAAACCAUCUGGCUGGAACGGGACCGGAAGCUGAUAAACCUCUUCAGAGGCGCCCAUCUGAACUACCACCGCUCCCUCAUCUCAUGGGGCAUCAUCAACGCAACGUACGAGUUCCUGCUAAAGGUCAUAUGAGAGGGGCUUUCCCACCAGGGACGUGCCAUCAUCAGCCGCGUAGACCCAGCAAGAAGGCCACCAGGCCACAGUGGGUUGUGGAUGAAACUGUUUUCCUUCAGCAUCAGUAGAAAGAGAACUCAACGUUCCAAUAGGAAGCUAGAAGGAGCUGGUUUUGUCUGUCCUCUGCGGGAGCGUUUCGCUGCCGGCCUGGCGACCACUGUACAUCCGGAUGCAGUCCCUGAGCCUUUGGAAUUCAGCCUCCAUGGCCAGGACUGGCCCAGGGCUCUCGGGGUCCCAGGACUUCUUUCAUUUCUCAAGUCCCUGUCCUCAGGGGCAGAGGAAAAGGGUUGUUGAUCUUUGUGAACCCAACACACACACUUGGUGUGGGACAGAGGGGCAGGCCAGAGAUGGGACCAGCUCUGGGGUACAAACUGUCACAACGAAGUGUGUAUUCAGUUUUGAAACCGCACCAAGUUAGCGUCACCGUCAUGUCACGCACCUGUUUCUGUGUGGAGAGGGUGGAGUCAAGCAGCUAGUAGGAAUCGCUGUUCGUUUUUCAGCUUCGUAGGUUUUCUGUUUAGUUUGGAACAUGACCUGAGCCCUUCCAAAGCCUUGUGGUUUGGUUUUUCUUUUCUUUCUUUUUUUUUUUUUUUCACUGCCAAAAGGUAGAAAGACCCGACUGUUUAACAGGUGCUUCAUCCUGUUGAGAAAGUGUGGAUUGCUGAUACUUGCAAUUCUGUUUUGCUUGGUUUCUCAGAAUUCUUGGUGCCAACUUAGGAAGCAGCUUUCUUUUCCCUUCGAGUAGAAAUUGGUCUCAUCCGAGCUCCUCUUCUCUCAAAACUAGAUUUUUGAGAAAUAAACAAGCACUUCCAUGCAGCUUUAUUUUGGAAGUCCGUUCAUGUCCCAGAGUUUUGUUUUGUUUUUUGUUUUUUGUUUUUUUCUUGUUUUUUCUCCCAGUUUCUCCCCACUGCAGGGGAAGUGGGCACUCGGGGUCUGGCCUGCAUCCUGCCAUGUAGGCUGUCCUCUCUUUUACUCUCAGACCUAGAGACUAGGAUGGCAGCAUUUUGACCCACCAUGUCAUCACAGCAGAUCUGAGAACUGGCCAUCUAUAGAGAUAUUUCCAGCUAGUUUUGAAUUCUAAAGGUCAGAUCCUCACCCUCACUUAAAUGCUCGUAUCUGUCAAAGAAAUUGGACACUUUUAUGUGUUUUCCAACAUGAAACAGCAACUCACACCCAUAGAAUCAGUAAGGAAAUUAAGAAAACACACUGGGAAAGUGGUCCCUGAGUCUCAGGACCCCACCCCCUCUGCGGAUGUCACCCAGCAAGGCGGCAUCCCCGAGUUUGCUGUUACUGUCUCCUUUCUGGGCAGCCACCUCAAGGGCAUGCACCUCCGACCCCAGUAAAGCCUGCUUCUCCACUGCUUGUCCCUGCCAAGCUUUCAAGGAAAGCCAGCAGCCCCCUUCAAGCCGGGAGAAGUGACAACUCUGCAGCGCAGUCCAGUGGCCUCACGGCACCUGUUAGAGCAGUACUGGAGACAGCGUGGGCUGUGCAGAGAGCAAGACAUGGCACGCCAGAGUUUCGUAACAGGACAUCAGGAGCUCCUUCUGGCCUGCUGGCUAGUCGGGGAGCAGACAUCCACAGGGGAAGAAGGGACUGACCAGUCCUUCAUGGGACUCACACUCGGGCCACGGCUAGGUGCUCAGCAAGGCCAGGGCAGUUAGCCCGUGCUGCAGCCCAGGCCCAAGAACACACUCCCUCCCGGGCGGCCUUGGUCUACACACUCCAGGCAGGCAGUAGGAUUGCACUUUUUAAAAAAUACAGUCUUCACCUUUUAAGGACUCUAAGAGAAAUGCAGAAAUGUUUUGGUUUUUGCUGUCUCUGAUACAUGGCAUUGAAAAACAUUUUUAAUGGUUUUAAUUCAGUUUUUUUUUUUUAACUUGUCCCUUUUUACAGCUUUUGAAGACCAAACUGCAAAUACAUUACCGGGGCUGGUUUUGUGUUGUCCUGUAGAGUUAUAAAAUUUGACAAAAAAGAUUGAAUAGAACUUGUGGCCAAUAACUUUGACCUUUUCCAUCCAAACGUGUUCUUCAUAAGGGAUUCUCGCUACCUUUUUUACCUUCUGUGUAAAGGUGAACCUGAUUGAACAUGUUGGGAAAGCUUUCAACAGGGCCUUGUGACAGGCAUGUGUCACAGGUGGCUGCCAAGCACACGCACCUGCCACCCUGCCCCCUCAGGACCUGACGCCCCUAGUAGUGGGGCUUCUGUAUUUAGCACGCAGAGCGUGGCCUGAGCUGCCUCAGGGCAGCUUCACAAACACAGCCGUUGUGUGGUGGUGUGCGUGUGUGUGUGUGUGUGUGUGUGUGUGUGUGAGUGAUUGGUUUCGUUCAUGGUGGGGAUAAUGCUGGCAUUUUUGCUGAAGUAGGCAAUGCCCACCUUAAUUCCUGUUUGCUGUUCUAAUCGCUCGCUGUUAUGAACUGUGCAAUAAGACAGGAUGGGGUGAGAGCGGUACAAUACCGCAGUGCCCGGGCUGUUGUGCGGCAUGAGGAGGUGAGAGUGUGGAAGAAUGGGGAGCAAGAUGGGCUGUGAAGUGAGGGUGGGGGCCCACGGCCGGCUGCACUCAGCAUUGUUCCUGCAUCUGCUCCGUGGGGACAAAGUACUGGAGCCCGGGGUGUGUGCGGGGUCUCCACGAAGGCUUCAUGGAAGUGAUACCGGGGAUAAAGGGUUAAGAACUCAGACUUGAUUUCUUUCUAGUUCAGAUAUUCCUCUCUCCCUCUGCGUAAGCGAGUACACAUGGAAGACUUGAACAGGCAUUACUUGGAGUUGAGGACUCUCCCUUUUUAACCCUUUUUGCUUAAUAAGGAAUGCUCAAUAGCCUCCACACGGAUGUGUGUGUGCAGGGGGGCCGUCUGUGCACGUCCCCUCACUAAAAAUGACUAAGUGCACAAGACUGUUUUGGUGUGACAUUUUGAAUUCUGUGAUUAAAAUGACUGUUCAAUGUUUCAAAGCUAACGGCCUUUUUUGGAGGGGUGGGGAGGGGGAAUUGGAAUAAAGUUUGUUUUGUAAGUC